UUGGAUCGCGGUCCGCUGCAUGAACACACCCAACCAAGAAGCAGCCCAAGCAGGUAUUAGCAAGCACCAGCAGUAACAAUUUUUAACCAUGGCAACGGAGUUUCAGGCUACUUGUCAGCAGGCUGAGAUUCUCCACGACGAGGAGGAACCAAGUCGGCUGGAAUCAGAGCAGUUUCUUGACGAGGAGAAGCCAGAAAGCUACACCAACAAGCCUGCUGUGGUCGACCAAUCAGAAUCAACAGCCGAGUACCAAGAUCGUACCCUCGAAAUGAGAAAUGGAGAGGCAGCAAGGGCAUUGCAGCAGGCAGUGGAUCUGGACGAAGCAGCAAGAGCUGAGACUUUGAAACUACAAACAUUCGGAACCGGCUCUACGGGUAGCCAAAAACAACAUAUUGUGCCGACCAAGGACGGACAAGAUAAAACCAGUCCGAUUGGAGAGGCAGCAAGGACAUCUCAUCAGGCAGUGACUCUGGAUGAAACGGCAAGAGCUGAGAUGUUGAAAAUACAAACCUUCAACCCAGGGGACAGAAUCCGCUCUACGACUAGCAACAAUCAGCAUAUUGUGCCGACCAAGGACGAAGAUGAUAAAACCAGUGCGAUGGAGGGUUUCUCGCUGUUGGAAACAACUGAUACGGGAAAUGAAGAGGCAGCAAGGACAUUGCAGCAGGGGAUGGAUCUGGACAAAGCGGCAAGAGCUGAGAUUUUGAAGGUACAAACGUUUGGAAUUGGCUCAAAUAGUAGCAACAAUCAGCAUAUUGGGCCGACCAAGGACGAAGAUGAUAAAACCAGUCUGACCGGAGAGGCAGCAAGGAAUUUGCAGCAGGUGGUGACUCUGGACGAAGCGGCAAGAGCUGAAAUGUUGAAAAUACAAACUUUCGCAGCCGGCUCUACGAGUAGCCAAAAACAACAUAUCGAUGCCAAAAGUGGAUCAAGCGAUAAAAAGAAUCUGCCGACUCUCAAAUACAACACAUCUACCGGUAUUGCGACGACGACACCCUCAUUCACAUCCUCGGGAGUGACCACCAUUGAACAACUCAUGAGGGAUGGCUUGGAUGCCCCUUCACCCAUACCGCUGACACGCCAUUGCAAUAACCGGCCGUCGCCUGCCGCACCAGGAGCAUUUCGAGCAACCAUAGGUCAGCAGCCACAGCAAGUGAGUCAGCUCCACAAAGGCGGGAUGGAUGUUUUGACACGCCGCUACCAGGAUCCCAUGCUACAGACAGAAGAAGGACCUUCUCAGGAUCCCAUGCUGCAAGCCGAAGAAGGAUCUUCUCCUCCAGACGAUAAUCACAAUUUUCAAGAUGAAACAAGGGAAAGUGUUGCAAUUACUGGAGAAUUGAUGACUGACACAAUGCAAGGAAAAAAACUGUCAUACUGGACCAUUGCUGGUGCGAUUGGUUUGCUGGCAUUGAUUAUUAUUAUUGCAAUUGUGGUGGGUGUUACAACAUCCAAGGACAAAUCCAGCCCAGAAGAAGUUGACGAUAUAGGCACAGAAGAGAUUGCCAUCUCGUUGUAUACUUUUCCAUUGAAAGAUGUGUUUCCCACAGAAGAAUCAUCGUUGUCCAAUGAAACCCGACAAGCCAUUUUAUCUGAAAACGAACAAUCACCGCAGGUUCAGGCAUUUCAAUGGCUCACACAAGAUGAAAACUGGCAAAACUAUGGCAUGCCACAGCUACAGCAGCGAUUUGCUUUGGCCACUGUCUUCUAUGCCACUGGUGGCCCAAAAUGGUUUGAUCAUGUCCAAAGUACCAACUCCUACAAUCUAUGGCUUGAUUAUUCGACACAUGAAUGUUCCUGGUAUGGCAUGCCCAAUGUGUAUGGCCGGCAAAAGUGUUCCAACUACACGGCAACAACUGAAGCAUCGCAAACUAAUCCAUGGGAUGCCCAUUACCAUUAUCAAUCCUUGCAGCUAAGUGCCAAUCCAAGGCUCCUCCUCACGGCCAGGAAUACUGAAGCGAGGCUGCGAGGGACUCUUGUACCAGAACUGGCACUCUUGACCAAUCUACGAGAACUCGAUAUUGAACAUCAAAGCAUCAAGGGCACUAUUCCCAAUGAAUUGACCCAGCUCUCCAACACACUCCAGUACAUCUACCUGACAAAAUGUUUCUUCACUGGGACCAUUCCAGCACAGCUAUUUGUGUCAUCUCGUUCCCUCUUUAUGGGUCACACAUCUCGGUUGACAGCAUCGAUCCCCACCGCCAUUGGAGAUUCUUCCCAAAUGGCACAUUUAAUUUUGACAGAAACGAAUUUGCAAGGGACAAUCCCAACAGAGCUUGGCUUGGCCACUAAGCUGCAAGAGCUUCUGUUAAAUGGCAAUGACUUGAAGGGACCACUCCCCAGUGAAAUUGGGCAGCUUUCCUCCCUGAAAGUGUUGGACUUGACAGCAAAUAGGCUCUCUGGUUCUAUUCCCUUGGAGAUUGGACAAGCAGGACAGCUCCAGAGUCUCAGGUUGAGUAGUAACUUUGACCUGGAGGGCACCUUGCCUACCAGUCUGGCCCUCCUCUCCAAUCUGCAAGUGUUGGAUAUCUUCAAGAAUUCCAUUGAGGGAGCUCUCUGGCCAGAACUGUUUUAUGUGACAAGUGAUUUCAAUGGUACAUCGGCAGUGACCGCUUCUUGGCCAAAGCUCACUACCUUUAUUGUCACUGAGAAUGGUCUCACGGGUCCUAUUCCUUCCGAAAUUGGCCUUAGCAGAUCCUUGAAGGGUCUGUUCUUGGCCCGAAACCGCUUUGAGUCUCAGCUGCCCACGGAACUUGGCUUGUUGUCCAAUUUAGAAUGCUUGGGAAUUACCGAAAAUCGAUUCACUGGCCAAUUCCCCCCUGUUGGUGCUGGUUUGAUAACCGAUGUCAAUGCCGACCUGUCGGCUUCAUCAGAAUUGCGUGGGAACUUUGUAGCUCAAUGCGUUCAAAACUGAGAAAAAGGACACCUAUUCAUACUGGUAGCUUUCUUCGCCUGAAUUGGUGUUUGCAGACUUGAACAGCCUAUUUCCAGUAGCGUAUUCUUUUGCAUGAGUUGAGUUCUGCCCUGUCUUUGAUUUAUUCGGAGGGAUGCAAGAGUGAAACCAGACGAAUCGCGGCAGGCUCAUGAAUUGUGGCAGCAUGAUACAUGGCUUGAUUAUGAUGUAGUUUGUUUUGUGGGCAACUUGCUAGCCAGCUACCAGUACUGUACUGGAGUAGUUAACCUCGGCAGUCUUGCUGCCAGAGCCCUCAACCCCUUUAAUUGUUUUUCCUGCUACGGUGGUCCCUGCAGGUAUAAGGGUAGGGUUAGAAUGCAAAUAAGUCAGCAAAACUAAAUAGGUAUCCUAGCUAGGAUGGUGCUUUUAAAAAUCAGCUAAAGCUAUUUACAUGCAUCCUAGUAGGGCGAUUUGCUUCUACCAGGAAAAACUCUAAAGCCAGCGAACGCUAUAUAACUAGGAUUCUAGCUAGCUAGGGGUAUCUGCUUCUAGCUUGCUAUGGGAAUGUGCUUCUAGCUAGGGGGGGUCUACUUCUAGCUAGCUAAGCGCAAGCUAAGCACUAGCUAAGCACUAGAGGUAUCUGCUUCUAAGCUACUGGAACGCUGUGGAAAUCGCGGUAUCUUGUCAGACGUGCUUCCGAUUUUGUCUAAUUUUGAAAUAAGACAAGAUUGAAAACACGGUUUUGUCCUAAUUCUCAAGCUUGUCUUCAAAUCUUGUCCUAUAAGCCAGAUUGGCUCUUCUGGUCUUGUCAUAUAGGACAAGGUUGCUGUCUCUAAAUCUUUCAUCUUGUCCUAAGUCUUUAAGCCAAU